UUUAUUUGUACCCCGAUUGAACAUCCAGCAAGUUGUGACACCUUGUAGCCCUGGCAGUCGGGCCAAUUCCCAUAUUAUUUCCCUUCUCGAUCUUUUAUUCUUUGAAUGGACGGAUUCGAAGGAUUUACACAUAAUGUUGCCUUCAAGAAUUUAAACGUUAGACAUCUUGUUGAACCAGCGCCUGUGACGCUUGACAUUGCUCGUGAGAUCCGAUACUGCGUCAUUGCCAUCUGCUGCACUUGGGCCACUGUUUCGAUAUUCCGUACUUGGAUGAACAGCAGCAAAUCGUCCUCUUAGAGAUUGAUUGCGAGCUGCAUCAUCCGGCCUCCUAUCUCUAUAGAACUCUGCUGCCCUUGAGCAAGCACCAUGUUCAACCUCCGCCAUGCCUGGCUGUUUCUUACGUGGGCGACCGCCGUCCUUUCACAAAAUGUCGUUGAAGAAGUAUCCUUUGGCCAUAAACAAGGCAUUUCACCGAACUCCUUCGCCAUCCCCGGCUGGGCGAUGCUUGGAGAAGGACACGUGCCUCAACUGCUGUCCGACAAAGUCAUUUUGACACCGCCAUACGGAGCGCACAAACGAGGGGCGUUAUGGUCAGAGAAUAAGAACUCAUUGCAGGAAUGGACGGCGGAUUUGAAAUUCAGGGCGGGAGCUGUCGACCGAGGGAUAGGUCACUUGCAGCUAUGGUACGCGAACAACGGAGAGAAAACAAUAAGCACCGCAAGCAUAUACACAGUAGGAAAAUGGGAAGGGCUUGCAAUUGUCGUGGAUACGGUUGGAGGGGUCCAGAAGAUCCGUGGAUUUCUCAACGACGGCUCCGUCGAAUACAAGAGCCAUCCCAACGUGGACAGCUUAGCAUUCGGGAAUUGCGACUACAUCUACCGCAACCUGGGCCGGCCCUCACAUAUCAACGUCAAAUCCACCCGUGCAGGUCUUGAAGUACGGGUGGACGGCAGAGUCUGUUUUGCCACAGACAAAGUCAGCCUUCCUUCAGACUAUGCUUUCGGUCUAACGGCCGCCUCGGACGAUCCUCCGGACUCGUUUGAAGUCUUUGCCUUUGUCCUUUCUUCCAUCCCAACCCCACCUCCAUCAAACCAACAAGGGCAAGGCAAUACUCCAGAACAGGCCCAACAAAAACAACCACUCCAGGACUUCGGAUUGCCACAAAUGGACGAUACCCCAGCAUCGUACUAUACCACUUCCGAAGCCCAAUUCACCGACCUCCACAACCGGCUCAAUCUGCUGGCCAAGUCGAUCACGAACCUCUUCGGUGAGAUCCAGCGCCACACCGCCGCCGAGGAGGCGAGAUACAAGGAGAUUCUCGCCCGCAUGCCCAACGGCCAAAUGAUCUCGUCGCUGGAUUCGCGCGUCGCCAAUCUCGACCGCAUCGUCUCCAAUCUCGAGCGCGAACUCAAGUCGUCCGAUCACAAGGCCCAGUUUGCCAAAAUCUCAGAGCAGAUCGCCCAGACCCAUGUCGGCGUCACCGAGCACGUCCCCCAGCGCUUACGUGAGUAUGUUCAGGCCCAUACGCCGCGUAUCGGCUUCAUCCUCUACAGCUUCAUGGCGUUUCAGACCUGUUGUAUCGGCGCCUUUGUCUGGUAUAAAUGGCGGAAGAGCACCAUGCCUAAGAAGUAUCUAUGAUGCCUCAAAACGGAAGUUUUCGUUUUGAUAUUUAGUUGGCGCAAUACAAACAUGGAGCAAAAUAGGAUCAAGUUAUGAUCUCAAUUUUUUCUGUACCCACAACAUUCUGCAGCAUUGCAUUGUUCAAAAAGCCAGCCAAAAUGUCUUGAAUUCCAACUUGUCUAAACACG